AUGGCCUCGGCGUUUCCGAGGAACCCUCGAACGCUAGUGGAGAGCGAGAUCGUAGAGACGGCCAAAGAAAAACGACUCAGAGAUACUUUCAAGUUGAUGAACUAUGCGUAUUACAGUUGGCAUUUUUCAUCCCAAGUACCUCCACCCGAACGGCUGUCAGAGUCUGAGUGCAGAGUCGCGUGGCAACGUGAUCUUCAAGAUGAGACCAUAGAGAAGGUCACACGCAAGGUCCUGAAUAGGAAGACGGGCAAGACUGAAGACCAAAAGUGCAUGUACAUUCCCGUGAUGGCAGAGGGAUUCAAAGACAUGGUUGCGUCAGAGAAACGCCAGUCGAGCAUAGUCACCACCAAGGGCGGGGCGGACAACAAAGCCCUUGAGCGCUCAAGGGCGCACGCACUGUCCUUCUUGUCAAUGUCGGGCGACGAUGACUUCUUUCAAACUUUGAGUAUGGACUUCUUGGGCAAGCUGACACUUGAUGCUGAUGGAACAGAAAUUACGACUGAGGCUGAAGCAGCACGCAGGCUGCGUUCUGCCAGCAAAAUCCUGAGCCAGCAAAGGUUCACCAAAGCCAUGAUCGCUGAUGCGGCCAAGAAAUUUACUAUGUGGACAGACGCUGACCUUACCAAGCAUAUUUACGAGGAUGCAGUCAAGUUGCGAGGUGACGGUGUGGCUGAGAAGAGUCUUGGGAACAAAGACCUUGGUGACAACUUGUCCGCAGUGCGUUUGACUUACACCAUCCUCGAGCGGUGGGAGUUGCUCUUGAUUGCUUCCGUCGGAUCCAGUGCCAUCGAGGAGGGGACGUUCACCCGUGCAGACGGGAAGAAGGAG